AAAAAAAAAAAGCAGUGGAGAGAACUCUUGAACCCAAAGCUUCUCAAUUACCAAACCAUUUUAGUCUUAUCUUUGAAGCAACUAUUCAUACCCAAAGGACUAACCUCAUCAUUCCUGUCCCAUAUUCAUCUCUUCCACAAAAAACCAUCAGAACCAAACUUUCAACCGAACCCGGGAUUCUGCAGCUCCUCUUCUGCCCAAAUGGGGUCGUUCCAAACGCCACUCGGGGGGGUGCAGAGUUCAGCCCUGCUCGAAACCUCAUGUGGAUAUCUGCUGCAAGAGCUGCAGAUGAUAUGGGAUGAAGUCGGGGAGGAUCAGUUCGAGAGGGAGAAGGUGCUGCUGGACAUCGAGCAGGAGUGCCUCGAGGUUUACAGAAGGAAAGUCGACAAUGCCAACACUUCCAGAGCUCGCCUCCAUCAGGAACUCGCAGACUCUGAGGCCGAGUUUACCCAUCUCCUUCUCCUUCUUGGAGAGCGCUCGCUUCCUGGAAGGCCCGAGAAAAUGAGCGGGACACUAAAGGAACAGCUAGAUUCAAUCACGCCUGCUUUAAGAGAGAUGAGGCUAAGAAAAGACGAGAGAGUAAGGCAAUUCAGAACUGUGCAAGGACAGAUUCACAAGAUCUCUGCAGAGAUUGCAGGCCAACCUGAGUUCAACGAUUCAUCAUCCAAUGUUAAAGUGAAUGAGAAUGAUCUUUCACUAAAGAAAUUAGAAGAGUACCAGAACGAGCUUCAACGCCUCCAGAACGAGAAGAUUGAGAGACUCCAAAAGGUGGAUAAGUAUAUAUGCACCAUCCAGAACCUGUCAGCGAUACUAGGGAUAGAUUCGUCCUCGAUCAUCACCAAAGUUCACCCGAGCCUGAACCAGUUAUCUGGGCUGUCAAAGAACAUUAGCAAUGCCAUACUGACAAAACUAGACAGCACCGUGGUGUCCCUCGAAGCAGAGAAGAGAACCCGGCUUGAGAAGCUUCACGAACUUGGUAAUGCAUUGACGAACUUGUGGAAUCUCAUGGACACACCCCAAAAAGAGCGGCUACCAUUCUCCUAUGUGACCAGUUUAAUAACUGUUUCAUCGGGUGAGAUAUCGAGCCCUGGGAGCCUAACUCCAAACACAAUCCAGCAGGCCGAGACAGAAGUGAAGAGAUUAGACCAGCUAAAAGCAAGCAAGAUGAAAGAGCUAUUCCUCAAGAAACAAACUGAGCUCGAGGAGAUAUGCAAGCGAUCCCAUAUGGAAAUCCCUUCGAGGCCAGAGAUGGAGAAUAUAACGAAGCUUUUGAAUUCUGGGGAGAUCGACCAUGCCAAUCUCCUCAAGAGUAUGGAUGAACAGAUAUCACAAGCACAGGAAGAGGCAUCUAGCAGGAACGCGAUAAUGGAGAAAGUGGAGAAAUGGAUAUCAGCUCGCGAUGAAGAGCGGUGGCUGGAAGAGUAUAGCAGGGAUGAGAACCGGUAUUCAGUUAGCAGAGGUGCUCACAAGAAUCUUAGAAGAGCGGAGCGUGCUAGAUUAAUGGUUAACAAAAUACCAGCUUUGGUGGAUUCACUGAUAACCAAGACUAAGAGCUGGGAAGAAGAACGCAACAAAGUUUUUCUAUAUGAUGAGGUGCCACUGCUGGCAAUGUUGGAGGAGUACAACCUGCUGAGGAAGGAAAAAGAAGAAGAGAUACAAAGACAAAGGGAGCAGAAGAAACUCCAGGUUCAGGGUCAGGGUCAGACAGUGGUUGGGCAAGAAAAUUUCUACGUGCCAAGGCCAAGCACCAGCAACAGACGCCUAUCAGUGUUAGAUAGAAGCAUAAAUGGAGAUUCCAAUUCCUCUUCUGGUUCUGGCAAUGCCACACCUUUGAACAGACGCCUCUCUCUGCUGGGAUCCAAAACCAUUAACUCACCACCGCAUGAUAACAUCCCUUCUUCCAUAAAGGAAGCUAAGAAAGAACGCCGGCGGCUCAAGCCCUUUUCUCCUUCUCAUGAUGCAGCUUCACUAGUCUCCGCCUUUUCUGUCCCAUUCUCACCUUAACUCUUCUCCUCCCACUGCGCAUCAAAGUUUUAACUUUAGUUUGCAACCAAAACACAACAAAAAAGAAAUCAUAAAGCUUCAAUUUUUUCUAGGAAAUGACAUUUAUAGCUUGCCAUGGAAUAAUCAAGAUUGUUUCUUUUUUUGCAACAGUGUUUCUGUAAUGAUAUGUUUUCAUGUUAGGAAGGCGGAUUAAACAAAAGGGUUGUGAGUUGUUGUGACUGUAUUUGCUAAUAAAACCUGUGAUUUGAAUUUGACGAUGAUUCA